AUGGCGGAGGACACCGCCUCGCAGCUGGAGACGAAGGACGAGAAGUCCUCCUCACAACGAUCUCGCGAACAGUAUCUCGAAAACGCGGGGAAUGCUCAGUCCACAUACCUACAAUCGAAGAAUGCACUAUAUCUAUCGCCAGCUCAGGAGGCCGCCGUCUGGAGCUACAUGGAACGGUUCGAAAAGGGCCAUGGGGUCAGAAACCAUCCUCAAAUUCGGACGUUGAUGGCGUGGGAUCGAGAUUCAGUUGAUGUCCAGCGUCUGGUUAUGGCUCUUCACGGCGACUUCAACUUCCCAUACGAUCCAUUCGAUAAUAACCAGUACACUAUGCAGACCAAGAUCAACGACGUCGUGGUCAACGGCGAGGUCGACAGAGAUUGGGCGCCACGUCUAGGCAGCUGUCCGCGCCAUGUCGAAGUGUGCAUCUUGGUCUACCAUGUCAACGACAGGGACAGCUUCGAGGCCAUACAGCGGUAUUACGACACGUUCUGCCUUCAAAGAAGCGAGGCCCCACCCUCUCGUCUUUACUGUCGAUAUCGUCGGCAUGAAGACGGCUGCGCUGGAACGCCGGUAUGGUCGACCCUCGUCUUUGUUGUUGCGUGGAUCGAGCAGUCAACACACAGACAUGAUGAGUCUUUCUGGAAGGUCCCAAGAACUGAAGGAGAGGAGUUCUGUGCGAAGAUCGGAGGCGUCUUCGUGGUCAUGUGUCCUGGGUUGAGGGAAGGCUGUGGGCCCGAAACUCUCGUAGCAAUGGCCUACCGGACUUUGUACAGACGGAUUGAGAAUGAGUAUCUGCAAGGGGGACCGGUGGACCUUGACGACGGCUCAGAGAUGCCUGGAGCUUGCGACGUCGCUGAGCAGCAGCCUCGCUUUAGGACCAAGCAAUUCAGGUCGUUGUUAGGACGGAUUCGGUCUGUCAAAAGCAAGGCAAAAGCAUGA